AUGGAUCCGAUCCUGUCAGAGCCAAGCGAGCCAGAGAGAAGGCAAAUUGGCUUUUGGUCUGUGCUUGCAGAGCUUGGCGAGGAGCAGCUGGAGGAAGAGGUGCCUACUGAUGCUGAGACUUUGGAGGAGGACUGCCCCUUUGAUGAGGAAGAGCAUCAGCUGCUUGAGAAGAGGCGUGAACUCAAGGCACUCCUCAUUGCCUCACGGCAGCGGGCAGAUGCUUUGGCCAGCGCCAUUGACGCACAGGUGGAUGAGGUCAUGGGCAAGGAGAAGCAGCGCAUGCAAGUCAUUGAAGAGCUCUCUCAGCAUUGCGCGGAACUCCAGAGAAUACAGGAGCAGCGCCAACAAGAGCUGCUUCAAGAGCUGGAGAAGUUGAACAAUGCGACGCAGCAGUGCAGCGAGUGCGAGAACCGCUCGCAGUUUCUGGUGGAGCGCAUCAUCACACUGUUAGCUUCUAGCCCUUUGGAUGCCGAGCACGUUGCCGUGCUGAAGUCCAAGCAUCAAGGAGAGCGAGAGAUGCUGCGACAGUUUGAAGACAUCCGACAGCAGUACGAUGAGGUGCGGCAGCAGAAUGUCGAAUUGACCAGCCGAUUGUUGGAGGAGUCAUCUUUCUCUCGGCGACUUUCCGAUCAGCUUGCAGAGGCCGAGGAACGCUUCAAUCGCUGUGCACAGGAUGGUCUUCAACCGCAGCCUGGAGGAGCAGCUCCAGGCUGUCAAGACACAGAAAGUGGAAGCGCGCAGUCACCAGCGACGUUGCACCUCAACUCAGUUCCGCCUUUGCCAUUGCGCUGCGAAGUGGAUGAGGGUGACAGGGUGAACCGCCAUGCUGACGAGCCAGGGCGCGCGGCCCGGAUGCGGCGGUUGCCCAAUUCCCUGGGCGUGCUAGCCGAGGCUGAAGGAACUAGAUCAAUCCCGAGCUCAUUCACUGAGAAGGAGUUGCUGAAGGAGAGCGUUAAGUGCCCGGUGAGUGACCUGGUUGCGUUGGGAACGAGCUGCUCGUGUGAGGGCACCGACUGCGGAGAGGGGAAAUAUUGCUUUGGGGAGAAGCCGACUUGCCAAGACAAGCCCAGGCAGGACCCUUCGUUGCUGGACUGGCAUGGCAAGACUGCCAAGGGUCCGCACGAUGGAAAGGACAAAGGUCAAAUCGCUGGAAGAGAAUUCAAGUUCUACAAGAAGUCCGAAAAAAGUGGCCUCAGGCUCUUCUACUCGGACAACUUGAGAGUGUACUGUCAUAGCCAACCUAGCGGUGCUAGCAGCUGGGAGAUCAUGAUCGAUGGCCAGCCCUGCCCAAGUGGAGGUAUUUAUGGAGCUUACCAUGUGCAUCGGAUUGAAAACCCGCACCGCAUUAACGGUUGGGGAGGCUAUUGCAAAGGAGUUGGAAAAGGAGAGCACACGGUUUCUGUGCACGUACGGCCAACUCCUGGGUAUGAAGCUGCUUAUCGACAUGAUGCCUUUACUGGCUGGCAAGGGUGGGGAAGUGGCGGUGCUUCUUGGCAUUUGGAGGCGCAAGAGGUGCCCGAGGACUACCCCUUUUACCACUAUGUGGAAGGCCGCUUAGCGGAUGGAAGAGAUGGUGGUGUCGUUAAUGGCCGUGUACUGAACUUCAACAAGCAGUUGGCGGACAGCCGGCUGCGGCUUUUCUACUCUGACAACCUUCGAAUUCAUGGCCGUCCCCACAAGAGUGGCGCGUGUCGAUGGCAUUUGCGAAUUGAUGGACAGAUGUGUGGAAGCGGUGCAAUCACUGGAGAUGUGUAUGGGCAUGCGCCUGACAAUGUACACCGCCAGAGGAGUUUCAUGGGCUAUUGUGACAACGUCCCGGCCGGACAGCACAAGGUUGAUGUGCACAUUGAAGCGAUUCAUCAUCAUUGGGUUUGUGAUGCCUUUACCGGGUGGAAUUCUUGA